AUGUCUCUGGCCGCAAAAGCAACCUUUGGCUCAGCGGUCGUGCUCACUACCUUCACCGUCUGGGGCGUUCACUACAUCCAGACCAGAGAACGAGCGACGAUGUACCAAGGCGUAGUCAAGGAUGACGCAAGGGUGGCAGCCAAGAAGCUUCAGCGAGAGGCAGAAUUUGCAGAGCAGAUCAAGCGGCAGGCCUACCUCGAGCAAGUCCAGCCGAUCUCGGAGCUCAUCGAGCAUCACGCGAUCCUGGUCAUGCCGCCUGUCAUCGACGACGGCAAGAGUCAUGCGACUGUUUGCAUUGACUACAAGCAGCCGGCAGCGCCUCAGACUGCUUUGCUGUGCCAGGAUCGACUGGCGAGUGGCGUCACACUGUACAGUAUCUCCUCCAUACGACGGCGUCGAUAA